AUGGAGGACAGUGACCUAGUAGUAAAAUGUAGUACAUUUGGGCAUAAGGAUGAAACAGAAGUGGUACAUGUGUACUUGUGUUUGGAUGGGGUUGCAGUGUAUGUGGACAAAUGUGAAACAUAUGAUACCCUUUUCACCAUGAAAAGUGAACUGGGCAACACUGGCAAUUACAGCUGUGUGUUCUCCGAAACUCAAUAUCUACUUUCUGAAGUGCAAGGAAAGGGAGAUAAUUCACUUUCCAUCCAGGUGAUGGGUAAGGAUAUUUUUACUCUCUGGAUAUGUUAUUGCUGUUAGACAUAUUGAACAUAUGGAUACAAUAUACUUUUAAUUAUUUUUGAUACAAUAUUUCAAUGUGACUGCAAACACACCUUCAUAUUCCUCUCUUUUCCACCUCCUGCAGACCGGAUUCUCCUUGCAGACAUAUCACUUUCACUUUCGCUCAAGUACUGUAAGAGAGGGAGAGGAUGUGGAGUUCCAAUGUACUAUUAUUAGAGCCCCCCAGAAAAUAGAAAUGACCAGUCACUCUUACCUCUGCAAGAAUGGCACUGCUGUUCAGAUGCAGGUGUUUGAUGUUAACCGGAUGGAGGCAACUUUUAUGAUUAAAAGUGUUAUUAAGAAUGACACAGGCAACUACAGCUGUGUGCUUGACCUGCAAUCAAAACCCCUUGAAAAUACAGACAGGAAAUUAUGUGGAAAUAAUUCAGCCUUUCUUCAGGUUAAUGGUGAGAAUUUAUAGCUUAAAACUUAUGAAAACACUUUUUAUUCAUAGUCACUAUAUGAAAGGAAGAGGUCAAGAGACAAAUAAAUUCUGUAUUUCAGAGGCUGCACAUGAUAUGAGUCUGGUCAAUCUAAUCAGACUGAUACAUUUACGUCAUUUAGCAGACGCUCUUAUCCAGAGCGACUUACAGUUAGUGAGUGCAUACAUUAUAUAUAUUUUUCCAUACUGGCCCCCCGUGGGAUUCGAACCCACAACCCUGGCGUUGCAAACGCCAUGCUCUACCAAUAUCCCUCCCCUACCCUGGACCAAUUGUGCGCCGCCCCAUGGGUCUCCCGGUCAUGGCCGGCUUCAACAGAGCCUGGAUUCGAACCAGGAUCUCUAGUGGCACAGCUAGCACUGCGAUGCAGUGCCUUAGACCACUGCGCCACUCGGGAUGAUUGCUGUUAGUUACUACUGUCCAAACGUGGUGAGUUCAAUGUCUUAAAAUAUGGGACACAUGGAACUUUGGUAUAGUUUGGGGAUUUUCAUUAAAGUCAGGUAGUAAGUUUUGAGUUUAUCUUUUGGGGGUGUUAUUUCUGAUCAUGAGAGGCGUAAGAGGCAGUUUGUAUAGAAAACUACACCUGUCCGGAUGUAGACCUAUUCAGUCACAUUCUUAUUUUUAGCCAUGUGUCUCACAGUAUUUCACAGGCAAUGCUGUUUACAGCAAAGCACUGAAGUUAAAAGGUAUAAUGAUGAACACAGAAAUAUAAUUAAGACCUGGGGUCUCUCCACACAUAGCUUCCAUCUACAUGUAAAGUCACAAUAAAGGAUAUGGGCCUGACGUUUUCUGUGCUUUUUGUUCUCAGAUGCAGCAACUGAAGGGCCUAAAGCAGAAGCCGUGUACCAGACCACACACAUAGACAGGAUGUUGUCAGUACAUUUAAUAAUUGCAAGCUGCAAUCUAUUUUCAAGCCAUACAUGUGGACUGUUGUUCUUGCAUUGUUCAAGCAUACAAUAUCUCUCUUGUCUACUCACUCCUUGCAUGCUGUAGUUUAAUGUAGUGAACAUUACUGUUAGUCAAGUCCACAUGUUCAUUAUGUUGAUAACUGAUACACUUAAUAUUCAAUUUAAUGUUUUACUCAUGCACUAGUUGAGCUACUGAGCUAGUGAACAACAAUGUAUGGAUUCCUGCAAUGCUUUCAGUAAAGUUCAAAUGAUAUCAGACGCCCCGAACUCCAUCCUUCUAAUCAUAAGACAUAAAGAGAGACGUUACACAUGCUCUCUAGCAAACUCAAGCCUAUUUUUGUGGACUUCAUUUUGUGAAGUAGUGUAACUUGAAUGAGAGUUUUGAAAGGGAAGACACACUUUCUAGAGUACUACAUACUACAGUAUCAUUAUUGGAUACCGUUGUGCUCUUCACUGAAAAUAUAAAAAUGUUUCCCUUACGUAAGAAGAUUGCAGUCAUAGUGCAGUAUAACUGCAGUACACUGCAGUAUAACUGCAGUUAGAGUGCAGUAUAACUGCAGUAUGCUGCAAAUACUGCAUUCAAAAUAACACUGUUUUUUUUCUCCUGCAGUAAUUUUGCAGUGUAACUGCAGUUAGAGUGCAGUUUAACUGCAGUUCAACUGCAGUACACUGCAGUUCAACUGCAGUACACUGCAGUUAUUCUGCAAUUACUGCGUCCAAAAUAUCACAGUCGGCGGCAGUUACUGCACUUUUACUGCAGUUUUAAAACUGCAAUCUUUUUUUGUAAGGGUUCUACUCAUUAUAAAUGUGUUAUAGCUUUUUCUAAGCUCAGUAUCAUAGGCCUGGGGAGUUUGGAACCCCACAUUAAAAAAGCUAAUAGGAAGACUGUGUUACACAUUGCAAAAAUAUCUCACUCCUCAUAGCAUACAAAGCCCUAGCUAAAACAGACUGAAAGAUCAAAUGUUGUUUAAAACAAAUGUCCACUUGAGAAACCCAACCUACACCAUUAGUCACUACAUAUGAAUCCCACAGCCUCUACUCUCUAACUUUACUGAUACAGCUAUCAAGGUGGCAGUGUACUAGAAAGUCAAAGAAGAUGAUAAAGUAGUAAUCCAUAGUAAUUGAUUGAACAAAUACAUGUUUGGGUUGUAUUGUAAUCAGACCAUCGUAUCAUAGAAAUUGUCCAGUUUCAAUAAAGUCACUGCUUCCUAAAAGCUGCUGCAUUAGUGAACAUUUACCAUGGAUAUAUGAACAUUUACCACAAUAUAUGAAUACGCACAGGUUCUCUCUUUAAAGAUGAAUAGUCAUUGUAAUAACCUAUAAUAUAUAUUUUCUACUGCUAUGUGUGUGAUAUCUGAUACAGUAUGUGUGUGUAAACAAUCAAAUAGGUUAUAAAAAGCAGUUGUGCUGCGUCCAGCCGUCUCAUUCAAUGUAUUACCUGGUACUCACCAGAAAGGUGUGUGGUAGUUAUGGGAGAGAACUCAAAGUUAGUACCUAAGUACCGGUGCUUGUUAUGGUGAAUCACACAUGAGUAACAACUAGUUAAUUAUUAUGUAACUACUAGAUAAAAUGACCUAAGACAUUUGACUGUGUCCUUUAAUAUAAGCAGGGUGAAGUGGGUAAUUGAAAGCUCUGUGAUGCAACCUCUCAUCAUGGUCAAAGACGCUUCAAAUAGAACGCUAUUGUUUUCCGGAUAUUCACAUUUAAAAACGUUACAUGCUGAGACCUACCUCCUCCUCAGUCUUUUAUAGUGUCAGAUAGGUCUAGAAGAUCACAAAAGGCUGCAAGUCACAUCAUGGGUUCCAUCUUUCUUAUGAUAUGUGAGUAUCUUUACAAAUACAGAUUAGAGUAAGCAUAUGGUCUCAAAAUGAUCCAUACGUACAGUACGUACUCAUUCAAUGUAUUUCUAUUUAAACUGCCUAUUGUGUAAAUCUCCCAUUAUUUCGUCACAGUCACAGUAACAGCAGGUGUACAGGCCAUCUCUGAGGAAAUAGGUAAGAGGACAUCUUUUUCAUCCUAAAAUGCAAAGAGUUAAAAUAUUUUGCCGAUUUAUUCCAAACAUGAUUAUUACAAAGACGUUUAAUCAUCCUUAAUUAUCUCCUUCACUCUCAAAUGAUGUAGCUGUCUACCCCGCAAAGCUUUUUGGAUCAAAGUCUCACGUUGGAAAGGGAGAUACUUUAGAUUUGAAGUGUAGGAUCUCUGGCAUCAAAAGAUCCUGGGACAAGGUUCAUGUGUACAUUUGCAAGAAUGGAGUUGGGAUGAGAAUGAAGGUUCUGGAGAAAGGUGAAUAUGACACCAGUUUCACCAUGAAGGAUGUUACAAAAGAAGAUUCAGGCAACUACAGCUGUGUCUACACCAGAGAUAAACUCGUACCCAGUCACGUGUUCUCAUCAGGCAAGAAUUUAGUAGCAAUCCAGGUCUACGAA